UAUACCGCAAAGCGUGCCUCCUUUGAUUCGCCACGGAUUUCCACAAGACCGGCUAAUGCUAACAUCUCUACAGCUAUGAAAUUCAAAUGCAUUAUGACCAGAGACAAAAUAUAUACAUAUCUGCUGAUUAUCUAUUUUGAAUUGAGACGUGGAUAUUGUUUCACCAACUAUCAAUUAUUUCAAGGCUUCGACGUCGGUAUUUAUGAUAGCACGGCUACAACAGACACAACAACGACAAAUCGACAAAAUGUUACGGAAAUAAAAUCCAGUCCAAUUUUAAGUACAAGCUCGUUAAGUUUAACUACAAGUACAAGCGCACCAACUACAUUAAAGUAUUUACAUACCACCAAGUCUGAUAACAAAAAGAAACAUAUUUCGAAUAAAACCUGCUUCGAAGAACAGCCUUCAAACAUUGGUUCCUAUGAAGUGCCAACGCAGAGAGAUAUUAUCCUUUUUACCAAAGAUCUCAUACUGAACUUGUUCGAAACAUAUAAAAGAGAUGCUAUGUCACUUCUGCGAGACAUUAAAGAGGUAACCAAAGGAACGACAUCGAUAGAGAAAAAUUGUAAAUACAACAAAACAGCUUACAAGCAAUGUGUUAAACUUGUUAGUGUGCAAAGUGAAAUAAUCACUAAGAGCCUCGUCACAUCGCUCGAAAUGAAAACAGUUGACAUAGAAGAUCUUACAGAGAACACUAUAUGCAAUUUGUCUGAAAUGAAGAAAGAUCCAAUACCGUUGAUUAAACUGCUGGCACAAGAGACGACAAUGUUAAAAUUCGCUCUUCCAGGAUUUUUGAGACUCUUAAACACAUGUUCUACACAUUGUGACAAAUCUCAACGCACGGUGAAUACAAAAAAACCGUUACGCCGUAUGACGGAUCAAGAUCUCGUGGUAAAGUAUUUUUUAACAAAAAAAGAAUAAUAUUCAAC